CGGAAACUCAUCAGAAGAAGAAAAAGACCAGAAGGUGGUAAAAUCGUAUUAUCGGAGGGCCAGGGAAGAAAAUAAGACGCUAAAUCACACACAGACAUACAAUCACAAUGCUUCCCCUCUCACUGCUGAAGACUGCCCAGAACCAUCCCAUGCUGGUGGAGCUGAAGAAUGGAGAGACAUACAACGGUCACCUGGUCAGCUGUGACAACUGGAUGAACAUCAACCUGAGAGAAGUCAUCUGCACCUCGAGGGAUGGAGAUAAGUUCUGGAGGAUGCCUGAGUGCUACAUCCGAGGAAGCACCAUAAAGUACCUGCGAAUCCCCGACGAGAUCAUCGACAUGGUGAAGGAGGAGGUGGUGUCAAAGGGUCGUGGGCGUGGAGGCGCCCAGCAGAACAAACAGCAGGGCAAAGGAAGAGGAGGAGCCGGCCGAGGUCUGUUUGGCGGUCGUGGCAGAGGAAUGACCGGUACUGGUCGGGGCCAGCAGCAACAGCAGCAGCAGCAACAACAGCAGCAGCAGCAGCAGCAGGAUAAGAAAUCAGGCAAACCGCAGGGGAUGAAGAACCAGCACUGACACUGACGUUGCACCAAAACAACCUGUUAUUUAGAGCGAUUCCUCCCUUCAGUACAUGAAGAUAAAACUCUGGUGUUUCCUUCUGCUGUGUUGUGACCACUGCAGAAAUCACACUGGGAGAAGUUGAAUGAAACUGUGCAUUUGCACUGGAUUUUGUUUUUUUAGCAUUGACCGUCUGUAAGUUGGUAUUAACGUUUUUUUUUGUUUGUUUUUUUAUUAUAACCUUUAUACCAGUGUAUCAGUCAGAGCUGGCAGACCUCCUUCAGUCUCAGUUUGUGAAAUGUAUCAUAUUAGAACUUUUUGUAUGAUUACACACACAUGAUAUUAUUACCCAAACAUAGUGCAGUUCAUCAGUUGGUACACUGGAUUUAGGUUUUUAUUUUCGUGGUGGUUGUUUGCUUGUCAACUUGUCCCCUGAAGUGUAGUUUUCACAGUGAAAGAACUACCCAGCCCCAACUUCUGUUGCAUGAGUAUUUUUUUUUAAACUGAGCUCUUCAUUUUUGUGUUGUUUUGUGACUUUUUGUUGUUUGCAGCGCUUUCGUUUGACUGCUGUGCUGCACGGUCCGAUUGCGGCAAGUGGAACCGUAGACCAGCGGCAUGGGGACAAAGAUUCAGUCCUUGAAAUUAAACCUUUGUUAAAGCAUUUGUAAGAUGAUACAUAAUAAUAAUGAUGAUGAUUAGGAUUUCCAGAAAAAAAAGAUUCUCAUAUUCUUUCGGCCAACAUUGAGGAUAAGUCCAACAUGUGUCAUGUUAGUUGGGUUUCAUUUUAUUUUUGUAACAAAAGACAAUGUUGUAAUUUAUUUACAUGAGAACAUGAGAAUAAAACAACUUUUGUUAAAGU